UGUGGAGAAAGAUGGAAUGCUCCAUGAGGAAGCAGGCCAAGUGCUGUAACCGUGGUCAGUUUGGUUCAAGCUUGUGGGGUGUGUUCAAGGAUUCCUUCUCGUAUUUGGAAUGGGAACCGAUGUUUUGGUGCUCACUGCAUUCGUUGAUAUGUAUAGUAAGAUGGGUGAACAUAAAAGAGCUCGAUCAGUUUUCAUUUUUCAAUAUCAUGCCUGCAAAAAAUCUGGUUUCAUGGAAUGUUAUCAUCUCAGGCCUUCUCCAAGGUUGUGCUCAACUAGCAGAUUUGGAAACUGGGAAGGUUCUCCAUGGCUAUACUUUUCGGAAAGGCCUCAUCAUGAACCUUAUUUUGUGUACAUCAAUAGUAGAUUUGUAUUCCAAGUGUGGCGCCUUAAAGGAGGCAAAUUUCGUGUUUGAUAGGAUGAAGAAUUGGAAUGUGAUUACCUGGAUUGCUAUGCUUGUUGGAUUAAUACAAAACAGGCACGCCGAAGAUGGCAUAAGAUUAAUACAACUCUGGUUAGUUUAGUCCA